UCCACCAGUCUACGGUUGCAGAAGUCUUCAACCAAUCGCGGGCUCCACAGAGGGUCAUGUGACCAGAGCAGGACGCGUGAGCGAACGGUUAUUAGAGGUUCUUUGAAUCGUUCACGCACGCGGCGACUGACUGAGUGGAAAAUGGCACCUACAGGUGAAGUUGUGUUUGGCUCUGGGGACCGGGUCUGUGAUGACAACCGCUUGCGCUGGGAUCUCAGUCCAGACCAGAUCCUGCAGCUGACUGAAGAACUUAUAGCCAAGACCAAGAAGGUGUAUGACGCGGUGGGUGCGCUGGACGUGGCCAGGGUCAGCUAUGAGAACACCCUGAAGGCCCUCGCUGAUGUGGAAGUGGAGUACACAGUUCAGAGGAACAUGUUGGAUUUCCCUCAGCAUGUGUCCCUCUGUAAGGACGUGCGCACGGCCAGCACUGAAGCCGAUAAGAAGCUGUCAGAGUUUGAUGUGGAGAUGAGCAUGAGGGAGGAUGUUUAUCAGAGAAUCGUGGCUCUGGAGGAGAAGCUCUCAGAUGAGAGUUUAACCCCUGAGGCCAAGCGUUACAUGGAGAGACUCAUAAAGCUUGGCAAAAGAAACGGCCUCCAUCUUCCCAAAGACACACAGGAGGAGAUCAAAAAGAUCAAGAAAAAAAUGAGCACUCUGUGUAUUGAUUUCAACAAACACCUGAAUGAAGAUACAACCUGCCUCCAUUUCUCUCGAGAGGAACUCGGGGGGCUCCCUGAGGAUUUCCUCAACUCUCUGGAGAAGGAUGAGUCUGGAAAACUGAAGCUCACUCUGAAAUAUCCUCAUUACUUCCCCACCAUGAAGAAAUGCUUCGUCCCAGAGACACGGAAGAAAUUAGAGGAGGCUUUCCACUCACGCUGCAAACAGGAGAACUCUACUAUCCUGAAGGAGCUUGUAGAGUUGCGCUCUCAGAAGAGCAGCCUGCUGGGCUUCAGCACUCACGCCGACUUUGUGCUUGAGAUGAACAUGGCCAAGACCUCCAAGACGGUUGCAGCUUUCCUUGAGGAUCUGGCCCAUAAACUGAAGCCCCUGGGAGAGCAGGAGAGGGCCGUGAUCCUGAAGCUGAAGGAACAGGAGAGCCAGAAGAGGAAUCUGCCCUUCACUGGAGAACUGCACGCCUGGGACACACGCUACUACAUGACCCAGGUGGAGGAGACCCAGUAUGCAGUGGACCAGAACCAACUGAAGGAGUACUUCCCAAUGGAGGUGGUGACCAAGGGGCUACUGGACAUCUAUCAGGAGCUGCUCAAUCUCAGCUUCCAGCAGGUGGAGGGCGCACCUGUCUGGCACGAUGACGUUACACUGUACUGCGUUAAAGACCGCACCUCCGGGGAGGUCAUUGGCCAGUUUUAUCUGGAUCUUUUCCCCAGGGAGGGGAAGUAUGGCCAUGCCGCAUGCUUUGGCCUGCAGCCCGGCUGUUUGCUCCCAGACGGAGAGCAGAUGGCUGUGGCUGCCAUGGUGGCUAAUUUCAGCAAGCCCACCGCUGACGCUCCGUCCCUGCUGCAGCACGAUGAAGUGGAAACGUACUUCCAUGAGUUUGGACAUGUGAUGCACCAGCUUUGUGCUCAGACCAACUUUGCGAUGUUCAGUGGGACUCAUGUGGAGAGGGAUUUCGUGGAAGCUCCGUCUCAGAUGUUGGAGAACUGGGUUUGGGAGAAGGAGCCCCUGCAGCGCAUGUCCAAGCACUACAAAACAGGAAACCCCAUUCCAGAGGAGCUUCUGGACAAACUCAUGAAGUCUAGACUUGCUAACACAGGGCUGUUUAACUUGAGGCAGAUUGUUCUGGCAAAGGUGGACCAGGCUUUGCACACAAAGAGUGGGCUCGACCCGGCCGAGGAGUAUGCCAGACUUUGCCUGGACCUCCUGGGAAUUCCUGCUUCACCAGGGACAAACAUGCCUGCUACCUUCGGUCACCUGGCAGGAGGAUAUGAUGCUCAGUACUAUGGUUACCUGUGGAGUGAAGUCUUCUCCAUGGACAUGUUCUAUGCCCGCUUCAAACAAGAAGGCAUCAUGGACCCUAAGGUGGGUCUGGACUACAGGAAGUGCAUUCUGAAGCCUGGAGGAUCUGUGGAUGCUGUUGACAUGCUGAAGAAGUUCCUGGGAAGAGAACCCAAGCAGGAUGCUUUCCUCCUGAGCAAAGGACUUACGGUUGAGCUGGAGUCGGGCAAGCCAUGCGCCUGCUGACUGCCUAAAUGUAGGCUAAGCCCUUAAAGUCUCAGACUGAUACCUCCUAAAAAAAAACCCUACACUUGUGCAAAGAGCUUUCAUUAUGACGGUUUGCAGCAUUGUUUUAAAAUGGAAAAUUGUAUUGAAAUCUGUCCGAAACCACAACAAAAAAACAUCCACAAAUGA